UCAGACCACAGAAGAGCAGACACAGGCAGAGGGCUGGGAGACAAUUUUUUACUCUUCACCGACUUCUCUUCUCACAACAUGGACUCAUCAAACAGAAGAAUUGUCAUUUUGGGAAAAACAGGAACAGGGAAGAGCAGCCUGGCAAACACCAUAUUUGGUGAGGAACUGUUCAAGAUUGACCAUUCUUCAAAAUCUGGAACAAGUGAAUGUAGGGCAAAAACCAAGUCUGUAAAUGGAAGAAGCAUCACUCUGAUCGACACUCCUGGUUUCUUUGACACCAACAAGUCUGAAGAUGAACGGAGGCGUGAGAUAGUGAGGAGCAUUGUUGAGUGUGCUCCUGGGCCUCAUGCUUUUCUCAUUCUUCUUAAAAAGGAGAAAUACUCAGAGCAAGAGCAGAGUGUCAUCGACCAAAUGCAAGAAUACUUCACUGAAGAAGUCUACAGGUAUGCGACAGUUGUCUUCACUCAUGGUGAUGAGCUGCAAGAGGGACAGACAAUUAAAGAUUAUGUCAGUGAGGAUGAAAAGCUGAUUGAUUUGGUCAGGAAGUGUGGAAGGCGCUGCCAUGUCAUUGAUAACAAAUAUUGGAAAGACAAGCCAAAGGAUGAUUACAGGAGCAACCAGUUCCAAGUGGAAGAGAUACUAAAGACAAUAGACAACAUGGUGACUGAAAACAAUGGAGAUUACUACACCAAUGAGCUGCUACAAGUGGUGGAGGAAAACAUUCAACAUGAGAUAGAAACCAUAAGACCAUUAUCAGAAAACAUGUUGGAUGAGGAGAUCAGAGAAAGAGCUAAAAAGAACAUUUUUGAGAAGCUAUUGAAUCUGCUGGUAGGCACAGGAACAGGCAUACUGUUAGGAGCUUUGUUUGGUGUAUUUAUAAUGACAAAAGUAGUUCUUAAAUCAUUAAAGACUUUUAAAAAGGCUGCAAAAUCACUAGUAGGAAUUGCAGUUUUAGCAGGAGCAAAAGCAGGAGCAGGAGAAACAAAAGAGCCAGCAGCAGGAAAUACAGGAAAUAUUGGAAAAUCAAUUAAGAAGGGAGUAUCAAGUGCUGCAGGAUUAUCAGUCAAAGCUUUAGCGGCAUCUGCUGCAGUGGGAGCAGUGGCCGGAGGUGUUACAGGAUGUCUUGCAGCUCCGGGAGCCAAAACACCACAGGAAGCAGCAAAGGCAGCAGCAGAUGAUGUCUACAAAGGAGCCAAGUAUAUCCAAGAUAAAAUAGAUGAAUUUUUAGACAAAGACUAAAACAGACACUGCAAAACAAAGCAAUGAUCUUUGAUGCAUGAACAGGGACUGAGAAGAGCAAAUAAAAGUGACACCUUGUUUUUUAAAUAAUUCUAAAAGUUUUUAUCUCUAUGAAGAAGCUAAUUCAGAUGGACACGUGUGCAUCUGAUGUGGAAACUGAUAGUUCCAGGGAGUUUAAGUUUAGAGAACAACUUGCCAGAUGCAUUUUGACCUGUAGUCUUUAUCAAGGUCCCCAAGAAACACAAUGGAAAUAUAUUCUACUACAAGGACAUACAUAUCUGCAAUAAAUAAUUAUGCCUCUUUCUUUGUUAGUCUUUUGCCUAUUUUGGCUGAGACAUGAGUGUGACUUGUGGUGAGAUCAGCAAGCCUUCCAUUCCCUACAUUCUCAGUGAGAAUGACUUGUAAACAUGCACACCAAAAUGAAAAUCAAGCCAUGACGCUGCUGUCACACAACAAACAUGCAUCCAAUCUGAAAAGGAAACAAGAUGAUUAUUAUAAUGUGCAUCAGAGCCAAACUUACAAGAUCAGAAUGUCAUUUUUGAUUUAGAUUUUCAGGGCUCUAAAUAAUGUGUCCAGUGCGGUUGAUGUGGAUGGAGUUCAUUUUAUUUAAGUCAUUUUUAGCAUUUUUUUUUAAGUCAGCCAACUGAUGAGAUUUUUAGCACUUAUCCAUUUUAAAAAUGCACAGGAUACAUGCCCCUUAAAAACAAUGAGUAAUUAUAUUAGGGCCACAUUUUAGUCAAUAUCAUGAGUCUGAGUAUGUCAUGUGGAUGAAUAAUUUUCUCCAAACCUACAUGUAAUACAUUUUUCUGGUUUUAUACUUCCUUUAAAAUGCAUAUAAAGUUCUUGUUUUUAUGAUAAACAUGCUAACAUGUUAAAUCAAAGGUAAAAUGCAAUUUUGUUUCUGCUAUGAGAUUGUUUUUAUAUUUAGAAUUUUGUUAGGAGGUAUUUUGAAAGUGUUUUGUCAAUAUUUAGGUGUAUUUUUGAUAAUUGAAUCAUGGGCAAAGGUAGGCAAAAUUCUGGAGGUUUCAGUAAUGUUUCCUUUGUCACAUAAAUAUAAUGUGACAAUAAACAGCAAAUUCUUCAUGUGUUUCUCAGAGUCUUUAUUUCAUUUUUGCAGUGGGUGUAUCACUGCAUAAAAAUAACCAGUGUAGCAACAAAACAUCAAGUCAGAUAUUAAAAUUGAGACAAAUACCAUUUCAUGAAAAACAUAAGCUAAUUUUGAAUUUGAUGGCAGCAACACAUCUCAAAAAAGUAGGGACAGGGCCAUGUUUGCCAUUGUGAGGCAUCCCCUCUUCUUUUAACAAUAGUAGGUAGAUGCCUGGGAAACGAACUCCUGGGUCUGUAUUGUGUUUUUUUUUUUGUUUGUUUGUUUUAAAGCACCACAUGUUUUCUAUUGAUGAAAGGUCCAGACAGCAGGUAGGCCUGUUUAGUACCUGGACUUUUUGACCGUGAAGCCAUACUGCUGUGAUUGAUGCAGUAUGUGGUUUAGUAUUGUCUUGCUGAAAUACGUCAGAUGUUCCCUGAAAGAGGCGUUGUCUGGAUGAGAGUAUAUGUUGCUCUUAAACCUCAAUUUACUUUCCAUCAUUGAUUGUUGUUAUUGCAGAUAUGUAAGCUGUCCAGACCAUAGGCACUAAUGCAACCCUAUACCCUCAUAGAUGCAGGCUUUUGAACUAUGGUGAUAAGCUGGAUGGUCCCUCUCCUCUUUAGUCUAAAUAGGGUUCACAAAUAAGUUUCAAAUUUUGAUUCGUCUGACCACAGAACAGUUUUACAUGCUGCCUCAUGACAAGAAGACGGUGGCAUUUCUGGAUCGUUUUCACAUAUGGCUUGUUCUUUGCAUGAUACAGCUUUAACUUUCAUCUGCAGAUGGCACGUUCCUGGAAGUGUUUCUGAGCCCAUGCAGCAAUUUCCAGUAUAGAAUCAUGCCUGUUUUUAAUGCAGUGCAGCCUGAGGGCCCAAAGGUGUGAGCAUUCAAUAAUGACUUCGGCUCUGUCCCUUGUGCACAGAUUUCUCCAAAUUCCCUGAAUCCUUUGAUGAUAUCAAGGACUGUAGAUCUGUAGAUGGUGUCUUUGUAAUUUUACAUCGGGGAACAAGUUUUUGAUGCAGCUUUUCACAGAUUAGUAAACCAUUGCCCAUCUUUACUUCUGAGAGACUCUACCUCUCUAAAAUGGCCAUAUUAUACACAGCCAUGUUACUGGCCUGUUGCCAAUUAACUUUAUUUACUGCAAAUUCUACCCCUGCUGUUUCAUUGGUACCACUUACUGUUCCAGCCUUUUGUUGAUCUGUCCCUUCUUUUUUGAGACGUGUUGCUAUUGUUAAAUUUAAAAUGAGCUACUAUUUUUCAUGAAGUGGUAUAAUGUCUCAAUGUCAAAAUGUGUUCAGGGCUCGACAGUGCGGGCGUUUCACUUGCAUUUGCGCCUAAAAAUAGGUGUGUGCGAACUGUAAAAAAAUAUUUAGGGGCACAUGUGCUCCUUGGGAAAAAAGUUAGCGUCAAGCCCUGGUGUUGUUCUUUGUGUUCUAUUGUGAAUAAAAUAUGGGUUUAAUAGA